UCUCUCUCCCAAACAUCCUCCUCCACCGACACCUGUCUCUCUCUCUUUAUCACCAUCAAAACCUCGACCUCAACCCCGUCACUGCGAUCUCCCGCAGUUCGAUCACCAAUAAUGCUCUGCGUUUGGAGCUCAGAUGAAUGGGAGAAUCAGGCUAGUAGAGUCUUGGAGAUACCAGCUGGGGCCUCUUGGAGAACACCAACUCCUGCAGCACCAACUCAUGUCCAAGUUCAUCAAGAUCAGUUUCAUCUGCUGGUUGUGCAUGAAACUCAAAUUGCCAUAUAUGACGCACCGAAGCAAGAAUAUAAUAAGCAGAUGAAUCGCAUACACAAAUCUCCCAUUUUCUUGUCUAGGAGGAGCAUUUUCUGUUCUAUCGAUCUAAAAGUAAAUCUCAUCUAUUCAAAGAAUUGUUCAAAUCUCCAGUGCUCACGGUCCGAUAUUGGCCGAUAUAUGGCCGUAUCAUGGAAAUUAUGUUUCCCGAAUACAAUGAUUUAAAACUCUGCUGGAUAUAUUGCUAUUUCCGAUAGAAUAGCUCGAGCAAAAUAGUUAAAUGGCCAGCUAAAACCACUAUGGUCUACAGUACUAGGCGACUCUUCAGUAGCCACUGCUAAGUAGCAAAUCGCCACCUUUUCUUUCUCUCCCUCUCUCCGACGACGGGACAAAAUCUCUGAAACGAAAAAUGGCUCAAGCCAAUUUUUGGAAAACCCAUGUACCCGGAACACCUCGCACAAACACGGAGAGAAGAUAUAUUACUUGGUUAGGCAAUUGCCAACUCCACGGGCAGCGGAUUUCACUAUUAUGGAGGAGAUUAUAAAUCACUGCACUAAACCCGAAAUGUAUACCGAAACCCUUAUGUUACUCACUUCUCUCUGUUGCUUUUCCCUCACUCCGUACAUACCAAUUUGUAUGGGUGAUAGGAUAUUGAAAAGGUGGCUAGCUAAAACAGAAGAAUGGGAUUUUUGAUAGACAAUUUAACUAGCACUUCUGGAGAUAAUAGUCGAGUGGUUGAAUCACAGAUGCUACAUAUUCAUGUGAUGGCCGACUGAUAUAUGCAAGC